GAUUCUUAAGAAUUAAGAGAAGAGAAAACAAACCACAUAUAAAUUCCAUCGGAGAGGCUCAAUGGGGGAUUCUAAAAUGGCAAGUUUCCUCGACUCCAUCGGUGCCUUCUUCAGCGGCGGCGAUAAGAUCCCUUGGUGCGACCGUGAUGUCAUCCUCGGAUGUGAGAAAGAAGUUAAGAGCGCAACGGAAGGUGACUCGGAAGAUCAAAAGAAAGAGAGCAUAAUGCGAUUGUCUUGGGCUCUUGUUCAUUCCCGACAAGCCGAAGAUAUCCAGCGUGGAAUAGACAUGCUCGAAGCUUCUCUAGCAACUAGUAGCCCUCCUUUGCAAGACCGAGAGAAGCUUUAUCUUCUUGCUGUUGGUUAUUAUCGUACUGGAGACUACUCAAGAAGCAGGCAGCUCGUUGAACGCUGUCUCGAGGCUCAACCUGAUUGGAGGCAAGCUUUAGCCUUAAAGAAAACCAUUGAAGACAAAAUCGCUAAAGAUGGUGUUAUUGGGAUGGGCAUCACGGCUACAGCCGUUGGCCUCAUAGCCGGUGGAAUCGCUGCUGCUAUGGCUCGCAAAAAGUGACCAACCAGAUUCUGUGUGCAUAUAAGUAACAUAUGCUUUCUUUUUAAGUUUUUUUUUUCUUUUUCCAGCUUUCAGAUGUUCCAUGUUAUCUUUCUAAAUUAUUACCUUGUUUUAUAUGUUCUGUUCAAAUAGUAAUUCUCCCCUCUCACACCUAUAUUCCAAAGUAUGAGCCAAACUUAUUUUGUUUCUACGGUCAUAAACUGAUAAUUUUUUG